AUGAAGUCUAAAAAAAAUAACCUCAAGUCUUUAGAAAUGAUUUGUUUCUGUUUGAGUGGUAGUUUGAACCAGAGGAGACUCCAGAGGAUUGGAUUUGUGGGUGAAGCAGCAGACUCUGGUGUGUUGCCAGAAUUCAGCAUCAGAGCGCACACAGCCAACAGUGAGGACUUCCCACUCUGCUAUCAUGCACACUGCGCUCUUCUGUCUGAGAGGUUUAAGACGGAACUUCAUCUGUCACUUCUUCACUUUGAUUUAGACUCGCUCCUAACGCGGGAUCACGCUGUUCCUGCGCACGCAAACGUUUCCAGCGGAUUUUACGCACACGCCACUGGAGAAAGACACGGGAAAACACUCGGUAGCAGCAGGUGUUUUGAGAUCCCAGUUGGAUAA